AAAAAAUCCCUCAUCGACUGCUGCCAUCCUCUCUUUCUCACUAGAAUUAAAUUCACCACUCAAACUAGCUUAGCUUAGCUUAGCUUAGCUUAGCUUAGCCCACACACAUACAAUCGAGAAGCUGCUGUGUUGUUUGGUGUUUGUUGUUAUUGUUGUUGUUGGUGUGGAGAUGCGGAUGAGCUGCAACGGCUGCCGGGUGCUGCGCAAGGGCUGCAGCGAGGCCUGCAGCAUCCGGCCCUGCCUGCAGUGGAUCCGCAGCCCCGACUCGCAGGCCAACGCCACCGUCUUCCUCGCCAAGUUCUACGGCCGCGCCGGCCUCAUCAACCUCCUCAACGCCGGCCCCGAUCACCUCCGCCCCGGUAUAUUCCGGUCGCUGCUCUACGAGGCCUGCGGCCGGAUCCUGAACCCGAUAUACGGGUCGGUCGGGCUGCUGUGGUCGGGGAGCUGGCAGCUGUGCCAGGAGGCCGUCAGGCGUGACUGAAGGGCGCGCGAUCUCCUCCAUCCCCGCUUCUGCUUCUGCUGCUGUGCCGCGGUUCCGCGCUCAGACCUGCACAUCCGCCACGUCG